CCUCCAGUCUCGCUCGCGCGUCUUUUGUCUCCUCACUCGCUUUUGUUUAGCCAUGCCUAGCCUGCUGCUCCUAGCAGGGAUCAUGGAGAAGAACGGGGGCUACGGCGGGGACCUGGCCGCCUCGGGCUUCGGUGCCGAGGGCCUCCUCGCGCCGCCGCCGGACGACGACGAGGACGAGUCGCGGGCGCUCCGCGUGGCUCUCGGCCAGCUCUCCCUGCUGGGGCUCGGGGAAGGCGAGGACGGGGCGGUUCAGGAGCGAAGCAGCGGUGGUGGCGGUGGAGGUGGCGGGAGUAGCAACAACAACGGGGGAAGCACGCAUCAGCCCGGGCACGGCAGCAACGGAGGCGCCGGCGGUGGAGGAGGUGGUGGAGGAGACGCGGGCAUCCUGCAGAGCAAGAGCAAGUUGUGUGCGCUGUACGACGGCUCGGCCAGCGAGACGAAGGCGCGGGGCUGCAACAUCACCGAGUGUGUUCCCGUGCCAAGCUCCGAGCAUGUGGCCGAGAUAGUGGGCAGGCAAGGUUGCAAAAUCAAAGCCUUACGAGCGAAGACCAAUACUUAUAUCAAAACCCCAGUCCGGGGCGAAGAGCCGGUCUUUCUCAUUACUGGCCGUAAGGAAGAUGUGGCGCUAGCUAGGCGUGAGAUCAUCUCUGCAGCAGAGCACUUCUCCAUGCUGAGGGCCUCCAGGAACAAGCUGGGCGUCUCCUUCAACGGCUCACCUCCAACUCCUCUCCCUGGCCAGACUACCAUCCAGGUGCGGGUGCCCUACCGGGUGGUGGGUUUGGUGGUAGGGCCCAAGGGCUCCACCAUCAAGCGCAUCCAGCAGCAAACGUGCACCUACAUCGUCACGCCCAGCCGUGACAGUGACCCUGUGUUUGAGAUCACCGGUUCUCCAGGGAACGCGGAGCGGGCACGUGAGGAAAUCGAGGCACACAUCGCCUUCCGCACCGGCGGUCUGCAUGACCACAACAAUGAGAACGACUGCCUGGGCCCUGAGAGUAGCAACGGGGGUCUGGAGAGCCGCCUGCAGCAGGUGUGGGGGCUGCAGGGGGGCCAGCGCAAGCCGCUCACCAGCAGCUACCGCCAGAAUUUCUCCGACGCCAUAGUUGGAAGUAGUGGGGGCGGAGGAGGAGGCAGUGGGAUUUAUAGUAAGGGUGAUUUCCCCACUCCCAACAACGGUGACAAGCCAUGCUCGUAUUUCGGUUCAGAGGGCUCCCAGAGCUGGGGGGACCCCGACUAUCCCAAACAGGUGGCCUACUACGUCCAGCAGCGCUCCAAAAGCUUCGGAGGCCUGCCCCUCCCUCUGACCAGACUGUCGCCUGGCCUUCCGGAGCCCUGUGGAACCGGUGGCAGCUCCACUACUGUCGGGUCUCCCCACGCCCAGGCACGCCGCGCCCACAGCGAGCCCACUUCUGCCUCGACACCAUUUGCUGGCCGCCUCCCAGUGCCGGACUCACCACCUGCUGUGGCCCGGGACUGCAUGACCUGCUUUGAGAGCAAGGUGACAGCCGCUCUGGUCCCCUGUGGCCACAACCUCUUCUGCAUGGAGUGUGCCAUUCGAAUCUGUGAGCUAAAUCAUCCUGAAUGCCCUGUUUGCCACACCCUCGUCACACAGGCUAUCCGAAUCUUCUCCUAAAAGCGUUUUUUUUUCCUAUUUCUACUUUUUUUCUGGUGCGUUCAUUUUGACUGUAAUUUUUUUAUUGUUUGUGUUUGUUUGUCAGUAUUUGCCCCAUGUACACUUUGCUUUUUUCAGAAAACAAGAAAAAAAAACAAGCAGAUAUUUUAGAAGACACUGCUUGCUUUACUAAAAAAGAGUAAGAAGUAUUUUCAGAUUUUUCUUUUAUAUAUACACAUAUAUACAUAUAUAUUUUAUAAAGGUUUUGUUAAAAUGGGGGAAAAGUUAGUGCUUAGUGUUUUUUGUUAAUUUAAUUUUAUUUUAUACUGCUGCUGUUUUUCCGCACGAAUCGCUGUGUGGACAGAAACAGGAAAAAAAAAUGUGAACGUUUUACACUUUUGCUUUACUUUGUAAGUUUACUACCAUGAUUAUUAUUAUAAAUAUUAUUAUUAUUAUUAAUUUGUAAGAUUGGAAAGAAUAUAGUUUUACAUCCCAGCAUUUUCUGCAAAGGGGCAAAUAUGCUUUUUAAAGGUUAAAUAUUGACUGAAUCUUAAAUCUAUCGUUGCACCUUAAAAUGGAUAGCUUGAUUGUCAACUAUUACAGAUGGCACUGAAAAAGAACGCUUUUACGGAUUUCUUGUAUCUCUGCCUCUGUAAAGGUGUGGACUCAAAUUUGGAACGAAUUCUAAAUGCACAUAAUCCUGAAUCGAGGCACAGGACACUGUGCACUCCAGUAUCACAUGUAAAUGGCAAAGUUGCAUAACCUAUUCAUAUACCAAUUGUCGCAAAAUUGUACAGCCUAUUCAUGUCAAUCAGUAACUAAAAGUGAUUUUUUUUUUGUUGUUGUAGUUUUUACACCACACAGGUGUAUUUCAAAAACAAACAGCACGGUUUGCUGAUUGUUGGGUAGCAAACUGAUUUGUCAGCUCAACGUUUUGGAACUCGUCCAGUGGGAUAUUAUCAAAGAGGUGUCUUCCCAUACCCCCAACCCCCAACCCCCCCCCCCCCCUUUACUUUCAUUCACACUUUUCCUCUUCAACUUGGUUACCACUCUAGAUAUAGUUGCAUCAAUAUUUUUUACUUCUCAGUGAGCCGUUUUCUAUCAUGGACAUAUGAAAUGUAGAUUACAAAUGGCACUGGGUAAAAAAAAAAAAAGCGGUAUGAAGCAAAAUGAGGAGAGGGUGGUCGGUAAUCUGAGCUUGAAUAGACUGUGCACAAAAGAGAGAGAGGGGAGAGACAAGGAGAAAGACUCUGAGCUAUAGUACAAUAUGCAGCAGCUCCCUGGUCCCCACGGCUCUGCAUUUGAGUUGCAAAGUGCCUGCUGCCUGUCCGUCUUUAUUGAAGCCGUUCAGGAGCAGGUGUUUCAUAUUGUGCUCCAAAUCUGACCCAAGUUCUUUUCUUUGCGAGUGCCCUUACCCCACUCACUGCUCAACCGUCGUCUUGCUUGGGCUGUAAUGACCACAACUGCUCGACUACACAGGCCCUUCCCAGAGAGCAUAUUGUUUUGUCGCAGUGGUGGGACGGUCCCCGGAGCGCUCCGACAUUGGCCUUUCCCAAUAAGGAGCUGAUAAUUAGUCAUGUGACAUAGACCAGGUGCAAGCAACUGGCUAGUGGGCAGUUGAGGAGGGGGGUGGUUGUAGUAAAUGUGGAAGGUCCGGUCCACAGUGGACACUAUGCGGCUCCAUGGUGCUCUGAACACCCACACGCACCCCUCCCCACUCCCUAACAGAAGAGCUUGACUAGGUGCAGCUGGGGGCCCCUCCCUUCAUCCUUCCAUCUCACUGUCUCCCUCCUCCCUCCUCUCCUGCUCCUCUGAGCCUUAGUAUUCCCAGUGGGGAAAGGGGCCUCCUUUGUCCUGACAAAGAAAAAAAAAUCCAAGUGCAGAUUUUAUUUCAAAGAGAGAGCCCAAAUCGAGGCAGGGGAACACUUUCGAGGCAAACAGAUCGGACAGCAAACGGUUAUUAGUUUGGUUUUAAGUGUUUCAGACUUCAAUAUUUUUAAAGUUUGUUCAGAUGUUUAGAUGUGCGUCAGCCCAAAAAAAAGAAGCCAAUUGUAUGUCACGGUUGGCAGUCUUUCUUGUUAAUGCGCUCUCUUUCACAGUCCCUCAGAAAUCUCAGUGCCUCCCCCCCAAAAAAUCUGCAGAUCCAGUGUGCGUGAGAGGGACUGCUGGUCGAUCAAAGUUUCCAUGGAGUUUCUGACAUAUGCGGGACAUCCUGCCGCUACCCCCUCCGAGACAGCCCCGCCGGCCAACGGCUAUGGGCAGCCAAUGGGAGAACGACCUUGAACUCCGAAAUGAAAUCAGACAAUUGUAAUUGACACGAGAGUGUGGGGGGGGGGGAAACGCCCCAUUUAGCCGCUGCUCAAACUGAAUCAAAUUACACACCCACCGCCUACCGCAUAUCAAGCUAGGGGAUUUUGGCAGAGGAGAUUAGAGCAUUUGGAGGGUAGGGAAAGAGUCUCUCUUUUCGGUCUUUUUCGCCUCAAGAGGGCUGCUGCGAAAGAAAGAAAGGAGCCACUGAAAAAUGUAGUCCAUCUGAAAUGGGUCAGUUUUGUCCCUUUGGAGACUCCAUGCGCCACUGCCACAUGUGUGGGACUGGUCGAAUGUUAGGGUAAGCUCACGAUUGUACUUCCAAACAAUAGAGCUGACAGUACAUUAGAUAUCCCUCGCUGAUAUUCUUUAUAUUCCGUAAGGAAUUCAGAUGGGAAGGUUUUUUUUUUGUUGUUUGUUUGUUUUUGGCAGAGGGGAGCGCAGUAGUUUGCAGCAGCUACCACAGUAUAAUCUGGCAGUACUUAAUUUCUCCAUACCUUUUGCCUUCUUCUCUUGGUUGCUGGCACAAUACUACAGUUUUUAAAGCAUUUUCUUUUACCAUAGGACUACGAAUUCAAAAGGUAAACGUUUAACGACUACAGUACAACACAUGGGCUUAGACAUUCUAAUUCGAAAGGAGGUGAGAUUUUACUGUACAAAGAAUUUAAGCUAUUAAAAGCACUUACGCUUCAACUACACUUAUGUCUGGAUAAGAGUGAAGCACCUUAUUUCAAGACAAACAGCGGAUGUCUGAAACCAAACGUACAUACUAUUCAUAGUAGUUGAAAAACUUCUUAGAGAGCUUACUGUAUAUUGUCAUUUUUAUUAUGAUCAUUAUUAUUGCUGUUUACAACUUGGGUUACAUUCAAGUUUUUUUGUUGGGUUGUUUUUUUUUUUUUCUCCCACUUCGCACUGGUACAAAAUGAAGAGUGAUUGAACGGAUCUCUCUUCGAACACUAUUUGGGUGACGCAGGCUCAUGCCAAGGUUUUUGUGUCUCAUUUGCAAACAGUAGCUUCACUUCUCUUCAAACAAAAAGCAAUGCAUGCUUUCUGUACUUUUUAAUGACUUCAUCAAUCUCAUUCACCGAUCAAGGAAAAACAAUGGCCUAUUUGGAGGAAUGUAUGUAUGCACAUCUUGUGUAUUUUGAAGCCAAACAGCUAAAACAAUUAUGCAAAUCACAUUCACUGGCUUGGAUUUUAGAAAACUGUGCCCAUGUAGGUAAAAAAAAAAAAAAAAAAAAGGUUUCACGAGCGUAUUCCUGGAUCUCUACAUUCAUCAAAUCAGGGAAUACACAAAGCAAUAACGAAGUAUAUUUUAACGUAAAUACAACAACCUAGAACAAUGGGUAGCUCUCAAAGUUGGAAAUGACUUCAAAGUUUUAAGCAUCUCAUUCAGGCACGUUUUUAGUCAGGUUUUUUUUUACGAUUCGUGGCACAAGCGUAUGUGCAUUGUGACGGUAUUUAAUCCCAGCAUUGUUAAAAUGAUAAACCCUUAAGAUGGAGCCCCCUUAAAGUGAACGCUCAUGCAUUACAUUUUUCUGGAGCAGAAUAAUUGCAGUGACUUUUCCUGUUUGACGAAUCUGAAAUGCGUGAUUCUACAACCCAUCAGCAUUUACGAGUUUUCUCUGACCCCACGAUACGAUUAAUACCGCGUGAUAUCAGUAUAAGACCAGGGACCGAAUUACUUGUAGAAGGGUUGUGGCGAGACGAGUCGUACUUCAAACACUAUGAGGUUUGGGUGGGAUGGAUUUCAGCCACUACAGCAGAGACAUUUCCCCAGCAAACAUGAACAGAGCCCGUCACAGUAAAGAGUCAGGUACAUUUUUUUUCACAGAGUAGCAUUUAUUUGCUAUUAAAUUUAAAAGAAUUGUAUUUACUCACAUAUACGGAGAUAAAUAUAAAAUGUGACUACCAUAGGCAUAUCAUGAGAAUAUAUUUCAGUAUUUAAGCCAAUUAUGAAAAUAUUUUAAAAGUUACAAAUGCUUCUGUUUGACAGUUUGUUUAUAUUAUAGUGUAACUAGUUCUUAUCCCAAUAGAAAGUUUAAGUUAAAGUGUUUAUGGUAGCCAAAGAAUUGAGAAGAGAUUCAAAAAAGAAAGAAAAAAAAAAAGUUACGGUUAAAAUAUUAUUAUAGCAUUAAAUGGGCUGAAAGCCUUCUAAAUUAUAAAGGGACUGAAGCCAGGGCAGUUCAGUUCAAACAGCGGAAGUCAUGUUGUUGGAUCGGAAAAACACGAACGUAGGGAAAAGACGUGAACCAAACCUGUAUGUACACAAACACACCCGCCAAGAGAGCAACAUACAGAAAAAUUGCAAUAACCGUUAUUCAGGAUCAGAAUGUCUUUAGUCUUUUAACAAAGAUGCAACCAGCAAAUUCCAUGUAAUAUAAACGUACCUUGUUAUACCUAAUAAAAUCCGGUAUAUACAGUUUGUUCUUAAGACUAUAUCCAAUAUGACAGUGUUGUAAAUGCAGAGGAAGGAGACGUUACUUUAUGAGAGUACGGGGCUGGAAAAUGGUCCAAUUCGGAAUUACAGAGGAAGAAGGAUUUUAAUUUUAAUGACGUGUUGUAUUUGUGAAGGUAAAUAUUAAGAAACACUGUGGUUUAUAGUAAGUACAUAGUGUUAUAUGGUUUGAUAAUCCCUUAGAUACAUAUUGGUUAUGCAUGCUGAUUAAUUACAGAGCAUUUACCUUUUAUCAGUUGAGAUGUGGAUAUAAAAGAGCUACAUGUAAUACAGAGAGCUUUAGUAAUUACAUCAUCUAGUGUUUGAGAUAAUAAUGUAUUAUUUUUUUUUUUUCCCCUAAACUUGGUCUUCACCAACCUAUAGUAUCUACUGCACAAUUACCUAAAACUAAACGACUGUCACAAUAUUUCCGCAAGGAUACGAUCUAACUUUUUUGUAUAGUGUUGUUAAUAUUUACUAUCUAUUGAUUUGUAAUAAUAGCUCAAGAAACCCCUUUUACAUAAUCCAGUUAGCAGGGCUCUAGGCUUUUAUCUAUAUACACACACACACACACAGCAUUCGUAUCGUAACGUGAACAGACAAGAUGUACAUAAUGCACUAAAGCAAUUCUAAUGCCUUUUCAAUGUAGAUGGCCAAUGCAUUUUGAAUGUAAAACUAAAGACCACCCAAUCAGUGUGUAAUUUUGCCUUUUGACCAUCGAUCAAAGACAAAAAGCUUUAUGUUUUUGAUGCCAUGGUUUAGAGAAACUAGUUGCUCCACCGUUUCUGUUUAGAUUCUCCCUAUAGAAAGCAACUAAGGGAAAAAAAAAGUCUUAUAACAUUUUCGUAAGAUUCUAUUUUGCUAACAUGGGUUAUUAUUUCAUAGAAAGAGGGAGAGGUCAGUAUCUGGAUGUUAUUUAUGAAUAUCUUAAAUGAAGCAAACAUAUUUAUAAGUAACUUCAAGACAUUUUGUUUUUUUUUAUUACAAAGUAAAAGUUAAUAUAUUUCUAAAACACAUGAAGUUGAUUUCUACUAAAAUGAUUAAAACUAUAGAAUUUUUAUUUAUAAAAGUUAGAUAAAUCCUUCAUACUUCUGACAGUGUAAAAUGAGGUGGGUGCUGUGGGCUUUCAAAGGCUUAUAUUUUAACUUCAGAUGUGCACGGUUUUAGAGAAAGACGUGCAUUAAUAAUGGAAUAAUUUCAGGAAAAAAAAAAUAUUUUUUAGGAUUAGGAGGUAUUUUAGUCACUUCGAGUUUGUGCCUCAAAAAUCACGUUUUUGCAUUGCGGCAACACUUGGUGAAAGUGUUGUUUGCCUGUCCUUUAACUAACCCCAUACUGCUGACUGAAUACAGAAUCCUUUUCUCCCUCAUUUCCUGUAUUUAAAAAAAAAAAAAAAAAAA